AUGGUGGGGGUCAUGUUCUUUGACAUUUCCAGUGCUUUCUCUGAUGACACCGCUAUUGUUGGAUAUGUGACCCUGAGCGUCCUCCCUCUUAUUAAGAAGGCCAGAGGCAGGGUGGUGAACGUCGCUAGCGUGUUUGGGCGAAUCAGCCCGUUCGGCGGACCGUACUGUGUGUCCAAAUACGGGGUAGAGGCUUUCAAUGACAGCCUGCGUAUAGACAUGGCACCAUUUGGAAUUAAGGUUGCCUGCAUUGAACCAGGCUUCUUUGCAACAAAUAUGACUGAUGCAGCGAGUAUGAUGAAUAACCUGAGGAAGCUCUGGGACCGAUUGCCUCAGGAUGUAAAGGACGACUAUGGACACAGCUUCCUGGAGGACAUUACCGUGUUUCCUGGUCCAUGGAUGCGGGGGGUCUUCAGCCAAAAGAUUGAUCUGAGGAAGCAGCAGGUUUAAAUACUUCCCACUAGGCCUGGACUGCACCAAGUGCCUAAUAUAAGGAAGGGG